GCUCGUGGUACUCAUUUGUUGCCAACAAGCAAACAACACCACUUCACUCACUGCCUCGUCACUGACCGUCGACGAUCAUGCGCACUCCAGCGAGCCUUGUCCACUCUAGCUCUAGCACCACCGCCGCUGCCCCCAACCCAGCUGCCUCCUCAUCUUCCUCGUCGGCGCCGGCGGCCAUGAUCUCCAUCGACCCCAACAUGGUGGUCAUCCUGGCCUCCCUCCUCUGCGCGCUCGUCUGCCUCGCCGGCCUCGCCCUCGUCGCGCGCUGCACCUGCCGUCGCGCCCGCCGCUCUUCACCGUUCGCCAGCAAUAGCAUCACCAUGACCUUGCCUCUUCCUCCCCGAGGCCUGAAGAAGAAGGCCAUCGACGCGCUCCCCGUCACGGCAGUGAAAGAAGGGCACCAGCUGGAGGAGCAGUGCGCCAUCUGCCUGGCCGACCUGGCCACCGGGGAGGAGCUCCGGGUGCUGCCGCGGUGCGGCCACUCCUUCCACGUCGCCUGCGUCGACGCCUGGCUCCGAACGUGCGCCACCUGCCCCACGUGCCGCGCCACCAUCCUCGACUCGUCAGUGUCCUCCUCGUCCUGCUCGCCGCCGGCGCCACCGCUGGCAGCCCCGGGCCGGUGCCGGAGGUGCGGAGCGGCCUGUGACGGCGAGGGCGUGGCCGCUUCUGCUUCUGCUGACACGGACGAGAGCAGCUUCUUGCCGUAGCUGUCACUAGACAAUGGUUGUUAGUGCAGUUCAGUUAGCUAUGAAUUGGCUAUAGUGAAAGAAAGAAAAUUAGUGUGCUUCAGUGGUAGAGUUAUCAUGACACUAGAAUUGUAUACGUAUGUAUUCAAUAAAAUAUUUAAAAAAUAUAUUUAAAAUAGUAUCAGUUCGA